UCAUUCUUCCGAAUCUCUGGCCUUGACUUUUUGCUGCCAAUUCUUUUUGUCUUAGGUUUUUCACAAAAAGUUACAGACAAAAAUAAUGUUGUAAAAAACAAAUUCAUAAAGCAAGAUCUGACGCAAACCACAUUUAAUUAUCAUCAUUCAUCUCUGUUGAUCAAAUUUUUCGAAAGGAUUUCUCCAUGAUACUCAUUCAUUUUUCAGGGGAGAGGCAGCAGAGCUUCUAAUUCGCAAAAUUUAAUGAAUAGGGUCUGGAAUUAUUGGAAUUGUAAUAAUUUGGUACCAAACCAGAUUUUACUAUGACAACCAAACACGAGAAUAUCAUCUCUACCAAGCAAGAUAAUACAGAUGAUGACUGUCUUAUUGGAGAAUGUUGCCCGUUAGCUAUACCGUAUCCACGCAAUCCAGCAGUUGCUCUAGUUCGGAGCCAAAAGAAAGACCAGACUCUUCCUACUGGUCCUCAAGGACCGCUUGGAAGGUUGGAAGAUCUUUUAGGUCAACCAAGCAAUGCAAUUUGUGCAGAUUGUGGCUCUCCAGAUCCGAAAUGGGUAUCUUUAAGUCUUGGAGUAUUUAUAUGUAUCAAGUGUUCAGGCGUUCAUAGAAGCCUUGGAGUUCAUAUAUCGAAGGUUCUAUCAGUGAAGUUGGACGAAUGGUCAGAUGAACAAGUUGAUUUGUUGGUUGAUUUGGGUGGAAAUGCUGCAGCAAACUUGAAAUACGAAGCUUUGCUACCAGACAACGUCAAAAAACCAAAACCAGAUUCCUCGAUAGAAGAACGCGCAGAUUUCAUUAGGAAAAAAUAUGAGCAGCAACAGUUUUUGGACUCUUCAUUACAGACAGCGCUAGUUGUUCAAUCUACAAGGCAUGGUCAUUCUCACUCUGGACCUCUGCAUGACAAGAGACACUAUGAUAAACAGGCUACCACAAGCCGUAUACAUGGUUUAGGGCAAGCAUUUCGUAACAGUUGGAGAAGAAAGGAGCCCGAGUACAAACCUUCUAGAAAAAUGACUUCAACUAAUAGCAAUAACAGCAGCAGCAGUCACUGCAACAAUAACACAUCGCCUGGUAUGGUUGAAUUUGUUGGGUUGAUAAAGGUCAACAUUGUAAGGGGCACCAACUUAGCUGUCCGCGAUGUGAUGACUAGUGAUCCUUACGUCAUUCUCUCACUUGGUCAGCAAUCAAUGAAGACACGUGUAAUAAAGAGCAGUCUUAACCCGGUGUGGAACGAAAGACUAAUGCUAUCUAUUCCAGAUCCAAUUCCACCUCUAAAAUUGCAAGUGUAUGACAAGGAUACAUUCACAACGGAUGAUCACAUGGGUGAAGCCGAAAUCGAUAUACAACCCUUAGUUUCAGCUGCCAAAGCAUAUGAAAACUCUAGUAUAACAGAACCCAUGCAGCUAGGCAAAUGGAUAGCAACCAAAGAUAAUACCCUAGUAAAAGACAGUGUGAUCAACCUUGUAGAUGGGAAAGUUAAACAAGAGAUCGUUCUUAAGCUGCAAAAUGUUGAACGGGGUGUACUGCAGAUUGAGCUUGAAUGCGUUCCCCUCAGUCAAUAGCAUGGUUCAACAGAGAAGUUCAAGAGAGAACGAAGUUUGCACAUGGACGGUCAACGCAUUCCACAUUUCUGCCCUUCAUCAAUUGUGUUUAUUCAUUGAAGGCUGCCUGUUGAUAAGUCGCCAGAUGGUGAAGAUUUGUUGUUGUAAAAAACCACAUCAAAUUGACUAUUUAUCUUUGAGUACCCCCUUUAUGUAUGUAUUUGUGUAACCAUAGUCAAAUUUUACACCCCAGUUAGCUGUACACUUUGUGUUCUUAGGAUAUCCUUAACAGUACUCAAACAUCAAUUGUUACUAUUUGUAAAUGGAAGCAGAUUUUUACCAAGCAGAGUGAGCUGAACCAUUCGUCAUUGUCAAAAAUGAUAUUGAAAUCUCAGUUUUGAUAUUAUGUUGCAUAGUCGUAAAGGAGUUGUAUGAGUUGGGUGUUUAACAGAGGCUUGUGUAUUUUCCCAGCUUAAAUAAGGACCUUGGAAACUUUUUUUUUAUAUAUAAGCACUAGGACGAUUGCACUAUCAAAACACUAGGACGAUUGCACUAUAAAAACACUGUAUAGUCGCGCCAGAUUGAUUUGAAUCGGUAAAGCAACUUCUUCCCCAGCAAACUGAGCGGAGCUUUUCAUUCGAACUUCUGACCUCUUCAAAAUGAGGAUAAAAUCAUGGCUUUCCUCCAUUUUUCCAUAUUCCU